CCGCCGCCGCCUCGGCCAUGCGGCUCCCGGGCCGGGGGCCUGGGCUCGGGCCCGCGCCGCCCCCCGCGCGCCUCGCCCGCUGAGCCCGCGCCCGCCGGGGCGCCGCCCGGCACCAUGGUGCAGAAGUCGCGCAACGGCGGCGUGUACCCCGGCCCGAGCGGGGAGAAGAAGCUCAAGGUGGGCUUCGUGGGGUUGGACCCCGGCGCGCCCGACUCCACCCGGGACGGCGCGCUGCUCAUCGCCGGCUCCGAGGCCCCCAAGCGCGGCAGCAUCCUGAGCAAGCCGCGCGCGGGAGGCGCGGGCGCCGGGAAGCCCCCCAAGCGCAACGCCUUCUACCGCAAGCUGCAGAAUUUCCUCUACAACGUGCUGGAGCGGCCGCGCGGCUGGGCGUUCGUCUACCACGCCUACGUCUUCCUGCUGGUUUUCUCCUGCCUCGUGCUGUCCGUCUUCUCCACCAUCAAGGAGUACGAGAAGAGCUCCGAGGGCGCGCUCUAUAUCUUGGAAAUCGUGACCAUCGUGGUGUUCGGGGUGGAGUACUUCGUGCGGAUCUGGGCGGCCGGCUGCUGCUGCCGGUACCGCGGCUGGAGGGGGCGGCUCAAGUUUGCCCGGAAGCCUUUCUGCGUAAUAGACAUCAUGGUGCUCAUCGCCUCCAUCGCCGUGCUGGCCGCUGGCUCCCAGGGCAACGUGUUCGCCACGUCGGCUCUCCGGAGCCUGCGCUUCCUGCAGAUCCUCAGGAUGAUCCGUAUGGACCGGCGCGGCGGCACCUGGAAGCUGCUGGGCUCCGUGGUCUACGCCCACAGCAAGGAGCUGGUGACUGCCUGGUACAUCGGCUUCCUCUGCCUCAUCCUGGCCUCGUUUCUGGUGUACUUGGCAGAGAAGGGCGAGAACGAUCACUUUGAUACCUACGCUGAUGCCCUCUGGUGGGGCCUGAUCACUCUGACGACCAUUGGUUAUGGGGACAAGUACCCCCAGACCUGGAACGGGAGGCUCCUGGCUGCAACGUUCACCCUCAUUGGCGUCUCCUUCUUUGCUCUUCCUGCGGGCAUUUUGGGAUCUGGCUUUGCUCUGAAAGUUCAAGAGCAGCACCGGCAGAAGCACUUUGAGAAGAGGCGGAACCCUGCAGCAGGCCUGAUCCAGUCCGCCUGGAGGUUCUAUGCCACCAACCUGUCUCGCACAGACCUGCACUCGACGUGGCAGUACUAUGAACGCACGGUGACCGUGCCCAUGUACAGCUCGCAAACUCAAUCCUACGGGGCCUCCAGACUGAUCCCGCCGCUCAACCAGCUGGAGCUGCUUCGGAACCUCAAGAGUAAAUCUGGGCUCACCUUCAGGAAGGAGCCUCAGCCGGAGCCCUCUCCAAGGCCGGCGGAAGACUCUCUGUGCAGGCCCCUCACUGUCAUUGCUCAGACCCAAGUGCGGCUGCUGGACCCUGAGCCCAGGGCUGCAUCAGGUAAAGGCAGACCGUGCAGAGAGUCCCUGUGUGGAUGCUGCCCUGGACACUCUAGUCAGAAGGUCAGUUUGAAAGACCGUGUCUUCUCCAGCCCCCGAGGCGUGGCCGCCAAGGGGAAGGGGUCCCCGCAGGCCCAGACCGUCCGCCGGUCACCCAGUGCUGACCAGAGUCUGGAGGACAGUCCCAGCAAGGUGCCGAAGAGCUGGAGCUUUGGGGACCGUAGCCGGGCACGCCAGGCCUUCCGGAUCAAGGGCGCCGCGUCCCGACAGAACUCAGAAGCGAGCCUCCCCGGGGAGGACGCCGCGGAGGACAACAAGAGCUGUAACUGCGAGUUUGUGACCGAAGAUCUGACCCCAGGCCUCAAAGUCAGCAUCCGGGCCGUGUGCGUGAUGCGCUUCCUGGUGUCCAAGCGGAAGUUCAAAGAGAGCUUGCGGCCAUACGACGUCAUGGACGUGAUCGAGCAGUACUCGGCCGGCCACCUGGACAUGCUGUCCCGCAUCAAGAACCUGCAGUCCAGGAUAGAUAUGAUUGUGGGCCCCCCACCCCCUUCAACUCCCCGGCACAAGAAGUACCCCAGCAAAGGACCCGCGGCCCCUCCGAGAGAGUCACCCCAGUACUCACCUAGAGUGGACCAGAUCGUGGGGCGGGGCCCGGCGAUCACAGACAAGGACCGCACCAAGGGCCCGGCCGAGGCCGAGUUGCCCGAGGACCCCAGCAUGAUGGGCCGGCUGGGGAAGGUGGAGAAGCAGGUGUUGUCCAUGGAGAAGAAGCUGGACUUUCUGGUGAACAUCUACAUGCAGCGCAUGGGCAUCCCCCCGACGGAGACGGAGGCGUACUUCGGGGCCAAGGAGCCCGAGCCGGCGCCGCCCUACCACAGCCCUGAGGACAGCCGCGAGCACGGGGACAGGAACGGCUGCAUCAUCAAGCUGAUCCGUUCCGCCAGCUCCACGGGCCAGAAGAACUUCUCGGCGCCCCCGGCCCAGUGCCCGCCCUCCACCUCGUGGCAGCAGCAGUGCCACCCGCGCCAGGGCCACGGCACCUCCCCUGUGGGCGACCACGGCUCGCUGGUGCGCAUCCCGCCCCCGCCCGCCCACGAGCGCUCGCUGUCCGCCUGCAGCGGGGGCAACAGGGCCAGCACGGAGUUCCUGCGGCACGAGGCCGCCCUGCGGGACAGCGACACGUCUAUCUCCAUCCCGUCCGUGGACCACGAGGAGCUGGAACGUUCCUUCAGCGGCUUCAGCAUCUCCCAGUCCAAGGAGAACCUGGACGGCCUCCACAGCUGCUACGCGGCCGCGGCGCCCUGCGCCACAGUCAGACCCUACAUCGCGGAGGGCGAGUCGGACACGGACUCGGACCUGUGCACCCCGUGCGGGCCCCCGCCGCGCUCCGCCACCGGGGAGGGCCCUUUCGGCGACGUGGGCUGGGCCGGGCCGCGGAAGUGAGGCCGCCCGCCCGCCUCCCCCCGACUCUGGCUUUCCGGGUCUGCAGACGGGACGCUCCUCAGUGACGUGGGCGGGGGCGCCUUGGUCUCGAGAAGUGAAGUCUGGCAGAAGUUAUUUCUUAACAAGGGGCCGCCAGGCCGGCCGUGCCCUCUCUGCAGACCGCUGGCUGGGGUGUGAGCAGGGGUGAUGGCAGAGGACAGACCCCUGGCGGUAGGGAAGAGGCGUGCGGUCAAGGAGCAGGGCCCGGUGAGGGUGGCAGCCAGGGGCAGGAUCGAUGGCCUUGAGGCCCGUGGGGCGGGAGCUUGGGCUGAAGGAAGCACUGUUGCCCCGUGGGCGUGGCUUGGUCUUGUCCCUCUGUCCCCACAAGGCUGGCACGACGACGCCUUCUCUCCUCCAGGGAGCUGCUGGCCUGCAGAGGAGGGGUGAGACCUCAGGGCCUCCCGGCCUCUGCUCCUGUGGGGAGGGGCCUGCUCCACAGGCUUCUGGAACGGGGCCGUUGCGGGGGGCUCUUGCAGCCACCGGAGACCUGGGGAUGGGCACCCCCAUGUGCUCCAGGCCACGGCCAGCACCGGAUAGAGCCCCGUGUGCAGGGAGCAUGCUGGGUGGUUGCGGGCUGGUGUUUCUAGGCCCCAGGGCCGGGUAGGUCGUGGUGAGCAGGUUCACGUGCUGUCUUUCCCUGGGGGCCCUGCCUCACUGCUCCCCCACUGGUGCCUCAACAGGACCCAGGGCAGGACGAUGCUAUAACCCCUGGGGAAAGCCUUCAAAGCCCCCCAGAGGUUGGGGGGCCCCCUCCCCCCGUGGAGCUGAAGCAGCCCCGUCCUGUAGGGUGCCUCCUUCGUCCCCGCUGCGGCUGACCGUGCACCCACCCGCUCUGCACUGACUGGUCCCUUGGCUGUGACUUCUUGGUAUCCUGGGAGUCAAGGAUGACCAUCUCCAGCCUGAGCCUCAGGGAGCAGGGGCCCUUGUCUCCUGUGGUUGGCACCUUGGCCCCAGGAACAGCAGCUCUGAGCCAGUCUCAGCAGUCUGUGGGGUGGGAGGCAUCUGGCAUUUGGAAGCGCAGCCUGGGCACCUGGCUAUCUCUGCGGCAGUAACCCCUGCGUGUGGUCGGGCUGGACGCGGCCAAGCCCACUAUGGAGUGACUUCCCCCCAAACACUAGGUCCUGGGGGAGCUCUGUCAUGACUCGGACCAGAAGUGGUUGGCGAGAGAGUCUGCCUUUGUCCUCGGAGAAGGGCUUGGAAAACAGUAUCUGAGGGUCAUGUGCCCCGGGCACGAGGUCCAGGUGCUCAGAGCUCUUUAGGGAGUAAUGUCUCUUGACCGGGCAGGGGCCAUUGCUAUGGGCUCUGUGCCUGCCCCCUCCCCUUGCCAGGAUACCCCGGGUCCCACCAUAGGCGCCUCUUGCUGGCCGGGCAGCAGGUGGCUGUGCUGGGUCUGUGUUUGCCCACAGCAGAGGGUGGAAGGCGGAGGGCGGAGGGCACAGGCUCAGAGGUGGAAACCGCUGUUGCUGUCAGGGCCCAGCCUCCGGGAGGGGAAGGUGUGGAAGUUGCCACGGGGCCCGGGAAGGAGCGCUUCUGGGGCCGUGCUGGCUCCCUCAUGCUGAGGACCGUGCUUCUCCAGGGCUGUGUUUCUCCGGCCUCGGGCCUCAGGGUGGUGGGAAAAGUCCCUGCCCGUGCAGACGCCGCGGGCCUUGGUGUGGCCUGUGCGGAGUGGCUCGGGGAAGGUGCCUCUCCCAUCGCCAUCUCCCUCUGGGCUGAGCCCCCUUCGCCCUCCCGGCACGGGAGAGGGGGGUUCCAGCUGCAGACCGCCAGGCAGGGCAGGAGCGGGCGGUCCCUGAGCCGGGCAAGGCCGGGUCGGAUCUCGAGGCCCUGUGAGGGUUAGAGACUGUCGCCAAUGACAGACCCGCCUUGUUGGGUCUCGGCCAUCGAGGACUCCACGCCCUGGGUGGAGGCGCCUGUUGUCCCGAGAGAAAGGUUGCUGUCCCGUCCCACAUGCUCCCUGCGUUGUGUGCCCCUGCAGACGGGAGGAGCUGGCCUCAGACGUGCUCCCUGUCUACAGAGCCGCUGCACAGGGGGAGGGGUCUCUCAGGCCGCAGCAGGAGGGGUCUCAGGCAUGUUCCACGUCCGCAGGGGGGACGAGAGGCCUCCUGCCUGAGAUCUCUGGCCCCUCCGAAGGGAAGAGGCACCCAGCUCUGGGGGAUGGUUUAGGGGCUCGGCUUUGGGAGAUGAUGUCAUAGAGGCCCCCUCUCGGGACGCCCGGACCGAGGCCCGGGCGGUGCCUGUCCCUCACGGCACCCGCCUCCUGCCCCGGGGUCCCACCCUCAGAGAAGCAUAGCAGGAAGAGGCUGGACGCCUCCGCAAGGAGCCUGAGCGUGUGCGUGAUGGGAGUACGGAGCCGGCCGGUCACCCUUGGCACACGUGGCAAAGGUUUCCUAAGACAAGGGCACUUGUCCCCCACCAGAGUAUGUGCCCCCACCAGCCCAAGGCCCUGUGCUCAUGUACACGCUUGCAUACGUGCAGCACACGCACAUACACAAGCACACCCACGGGGAUGUAACUUGGCACACACAUGCUCACACGCACGCACACACUCAUGUGCACGCACGCUCGUGCACACGUACACACGUGCAGCCCACCCACACAUGCACACAAUGCGUGCACGCACGGGCUCACUCAUACACACACUUACAAGCUCACACGUGCACACGUGCGCGCACACACACACAAACUUCACACGCACACGGUCACCCACACAUGCUCACACACACUCAUACACACACAAGCUCACACGUGCAUACGUGUGCACACACACAACUUCACACGCACAUGCUCACCCACACACGCUCACGUGCACGUGUGCACAUUCGCACACAAGCUCACACAUGCACGCUCACCCAUACAUACUCGCACAUGCACACGCCCACGUGCAUGCACUCUCCCACGCUUGCCCAGUGUGCGUGCACGCUGCAUUUCUGACCUUGGUGGCCCUUUGUCUGACCUCUCUCUCUGGAUCUGUCUGCUUUACGCCCUGAGAAGCUGACAACUUUGAGUGGCAGGUGGCCGGCGGUCCCGGGCUCCUGGGCAGAGGGGCCACCGGGGCCCGUCAGGGGCCCAUGCGCCUCACGUCAGCCGGCCCGGCGGCUGUCCAGAGCCUCCGUUCGGCCGGAUGCCGCGACGUGACUUGGGCUGGGCUGGGGAGGCCCGGAUGUCCGGUUGUAACCCUGGGGCCCUGACCGACUCCCUCUGCCCUCCCUGGCCACACGGGCGUCACCCUGUCCCUCACCGGCACCCUCUGGCCCAACGUCUCCUGCCUGCCCACGUGAACUCAUGAGCCAUGGCCUCGCUGGGCCUCCCUGGAGGAUGGAGGGGUCCUGGCCAGGUGGCAGAGGCCUCCCUCGGCCUGCCCGCCUGGCCCCUUGUACGGGAGGGCGCUCCCCUCGUCGGGGGUGCUCGCCUCAAGCCCAUUUGGAGGCUGGAAAGGUGCCUGCGCUCUGGGACCCCACACUGCAAAGGGUGCUCUGUGGAAGCCCAUCUGGUUAGAGCGGGAACUGCCCUGUGGCUGCCCCUGGUCCCCGAGCACACGAACCAGCCAGGUGGGGCAGCAUCAUGAACUAACCUUGUCCCUUGUACUAGGCUCACGGAUUCAGCACGUUAACAUGGGAGAGAAGCGGGGGGGGAGGGGGGGGCGCCCUCUCUUCUGCUGGCCCUCACAUUCAGGGGGCGCCCCAUAACGCAGGUGCCCCUGCCUCUGCUGUUUGUGGAUGGAACUCGGCCCUGAGACCGUUCUAGAUGCUUCCUGAAGCCCAGAGGUGUGGAGGGCUCCUGGGAGGCCUUUGUAGAAAUGUUGACUCUUUGUAUCUAUUUCGUAUUCACCCCGAACUGUAAAUAGUGUACAGACCGUGGUGCAGGCGUUUGUUUGCCUCUGACGUCAUGCUGCGAGACCAGAGUGGCGACAGUGUCCCCGCCCUCUGAUGUCACAAGCCCUUGAAAUAAACACGGUGUGCAGAGGGGCAGUUUGACAGCCCUUGGGGGGCUUGGGGACAUCUUGCACCCGAGCAGGGUGGCUGGGUUCCGAGCAGCAGGACGGCUCUGUGCCCCUGCUGCCCCUCCCCCCACCCCAUGCUCACCGGCUCCGAGGCAGACGCUCCCUUCCCCAACUGACUUGCUGUCUUGCGUGGUCUUCCACUGCCUCUGGUGGUGAUGAGGACAGACCUGCCCUCUGUGACCCCGGAGCCGGUCCUCAGGCCACCUGCUUGGAUGUACCAAUGCUGGGUGAGGGGCGGGAGGGCUGGGUAGGGCCCAGAAGUAAUGCGCUACCUGCUUCUAGCACCCAGGGGAGCCUGUGUGGCUGCUCCCGGGGGCAGGCUCUGCUGGGCCCUUGCUGAGCACUAAGUAGGAGAAACGACCAGGGAGGGCUUCCUGUAGGAUGUGGUGUGGUGGGAUUAGGGGCUUGCACCUCUCCUCUCUCCAGGGGACCUGGGAACACCAGCUGCCGAGGCCCGGACGCUGCAUAGCCCCCAGAGCGUGCACGAGCAGGGGCCACGGGUCACGGGAUAUGCCAUCUUGUGGGGGUGGGGGCUGACCGCAGACGCCAGGAGGAGACGUUGGAGGGAGAGAGGCUUUAGCAAACAGGGUAGAGACAGCACGGAAGAGACACUCCCUGGAAGGGGAGACCCUCUGUCAACCUCUCCAAGGCACCUGUGGGACCGGAGGAGCCGGCUGACCUCUCGUCUUGGACCCCUGCGUGGUGUCCCUGGCUGGCAGAGGACACCAGGGAGACCCUCAGGACCGGCAGGUCAGGUGCUGGGGGAGGGGGCCCCGAGAGGGGCGGCCCACACGGCUGGCCCUCCCCCGCCACACCACACGCCCAACUCUGGCUGGGUUUCAUAAUGUCGUUGCCUUAAUGCACGUUGACGGAAAUUCACCGAGGUCGCCCCAUGCCCCCCGGCGUCUGCCGGGCACCGACACAGGACCCCGCCUCCUCCUCCCCGCCGGCUCCGCAGAUGGACGCAGAGUGGACGGUGGACCCGGCACCAGCCUCACGUCCGCCGGGCCCUUCCGCGCCCCGUCCCGCGCCCGGCGCCCCGUUCGCCGCCCCGCAGCCCUUGUCCGCGCCGCUGCCUUGGCUGUCUGCACUUUGUUCUUGCUCCAAAGAAUACUCAUAAUGCCUUCAGUACUGCCGUGUACUUUCCACCACUCGUACGCGCCCCUGUACCAUUGCCACCGGCCUUUCUUCUCGUGAAUGUGUUACCACCGCGCACUUGACCCUCGACUUGUGCAUUGUCCGUUUUCUAGGGAUAGACGCCCAGGGAAUGAACUCUAGUUUUCUACGGACCAGCCGAGACGCUGACUUACUCAACUCACUGUCAGGUUGACACUUGUACCUGAGAGCAGGGCCCAGUACGGCUUUGCCCAGGACCGCAGGGGUGGAAUCUGGCAGCAGGGACGCAUGUGGAAAGUUCCAGAAAGUUCUACUGCCACAGGGACCUGUGCACUUAGUAAAACACAGUGAUUCAACCUGCA